AUGACAGGUAAAUUAGCGGACAAGCUUCCCCUUACCAUGAGCAGUUUAAUUAACGCCAUACCCGACAGCCUUUAUCCAGAAGAGGACAUUCCCACUUCAUCCAUGAAUAUCUUCACCAGCACCGACUCCGUCUCGCACUACUCGCAAAUGAACACAGAUAAUAUCAUGGACCUAGGCAUGGGUGGUGAGAAGAGCAGCAGUGAGCUCCCGUAUGCUUCCACUAGUUUUCAGUCAAGUCGAAGUGGCCAAACAGUGACAUAUCUAGGCAAAUUUGCCUUUGACACCCCUCCUUCAGGAGGCAUCGCCGGCUCAGGAUGGUGUACGGACAACAAUAUCAUAAGCUUGGUGAGUGCUGGCAUUUUAGGUGUAUCCCCGUCUCCUGGGUCUAUCACAACACAAACAUCGUCGUCGGGCGGCAUGAGCAUGCAAUCCUCAGACAUUGAUCAGGUAUAUGCCCCACCCCUGUCCGCCUACUCCUCCUGUGGGGACAUGUACCAGGACCAGGUGGCCUUUCACCACAGCCCAGCAGCAUCAUCCUCACUUCCCUACGCUCCCUCUGAGUACCACAGCACCACCAAAGCAGUGGAUGCGAGCCUGUUCUCUAUGAUCCCAGAUUACAACUUGUUCCAGCACCAGGGUGGCACAGGGGAAGUAGGAACUAUGGAGCACAAGCCUUUCCAGACUGUUGAACCUCUUCGUGUCAACCCACCACCAAUCACGCCACUUGAGACUAUCCGAGCAUUCAAGGACAAGCAACAGUUGCAACCAGGCUUUCUGGGUACACAGCAGCACCAUGUUUCCCAGCAUCAUCACCAUCAGCCACAGACUCUCACCCUCAAACCAGUACGCCCUAGAAAGUACCCCAACCGACCAAGCAAGACUCCAGUGCACGAGCGUCCCCACGCUUGCCCAGCCGAACACUGCGACCGGCGGUUCUCACGCUCUGAUGAGCUCACACGCCACCUGAGGAUCCAUACAGGCCACAAGCCCUUCCAGUGCCGCAUCUGCAUGCGCUCGUUCAGCCGCAGCGACCAUCUCACCACACACAUUCGCACACACACCGGUGAGAAGCCCUUCUCAUGCGACUUCUGUGGACGUAAGUUUGCUCGCAGUGAUGAGCGCAAACGCCACGCCAAGGUGCAUCUCAAACACAAGGACAAGAAACCUACAGAGAAGGCAGGCAGCUCGAGUGCGACUGCCUCAACAGGCACUCGAUCUCCACCAGGUUCCUGCGGGAGCACUGGACCAAGUGGUGCCAAUAUCCUGACUGUUACCACAUGCGCAUAG